AUGCAAAAUGAAUUGGGCUACGCAUUUGUAGCUUUUGAAAAUAGAUUGAGAUUUAAAGCAAGCACAGAGGCACAAGGAUUUUCUCAAGAAGUUUCUCAUGCCGUUUUUCAAAUAGGAAUAGGAAGCGAGAUCAAGUCUAUACAUUUAGGGGUUGUUUUUCCACUUAAAUUAAUCCUUGUAGAGGUGUUUAAUGGCUUCAAGUUGGAAUUAAUAUUUUAUUACUGUUUUUCAUGUACCAUUAUUUUGAAACCACCUGAAGUGCAUAUCUACAAAUAA